UAUUAUUUCUGACAGGCGCAUCGAUGCUCCGUUCUUUGCAGCCUGGAGCGACCGGCUAUUCAUCGGAUAAGCGGAAUUUGCUACUCAGCGGUGUUUGUCGGCCCUGAUUGUGUCUCUGCUGCCGACCUAUUUAUUCCAACGCUUAUUUGGAGGAUUUCUUGUAUUUGUUUACUGGCCGAGAUGGGCUGCUCCGGAUUCACCUGCUCCAAGCACUCCCUGUGCGCGCUCAACAUCCUCUAUGUUAUGGUGAGUCUGCUGAUGAUCUGCAUUGCAGCAUGGGGGAAGUGGUUUGGUUUGGUGUCCAGUUUCCAGGUGGUGGGAGGUGUCAUCGGUGUCGGUGUCUUCCUCUUCUUCGUGGCCCUUGCUGGCCUGAUCGGAGCUAUGAAGCAUCAUCAGGUCCUGCUCUUCUUUUACAUGAUCAUCCUGUUUAUGGUGUUUAUCGUACAGUUCUCUGUUUCCAGUGCUUGUUUGGCCAUCAACAAAGAGCAGCAGGAUCACCUACUGGAGGUGGGCUGGAAUAACUCAGAGAGCACUCAGAGGGAUGUGGAGAAGAGCCUUAACUGCUGUGGCUUCAAACAUGCCGACCCCAACGCCACCUGUGAAGCUACCUGUUUCCCCAACCACUCCUGCCUGCCUUGUGCAGAUAAGAUCCAGGUACAUGCUGGAGAGAUUCUCCGCUUUGUAGGAGGGAUCGGCCUAUUUUUCAGCUUCACUGAGAUCUUGGGAGUGUGGCUCACAUAUCGCUACAGGAACCAGAAGGACCCCCGAGCGAACCCCAGUGCUUUCCUGUGACACAGCACCAGCUCCCACCCCUCUGCACUGUCACCUCACCGCCUCUAUGGUCCUCGUUCGGGCUUUAUCUGUAAAUCCAAGACUGACCUGUUUGUUUCCACCGAUUACUGCAGUGAUGUUACAACCUAACAUGUUUGGCUUUUUAGGUAUUUUUAAGUAUUUUUAAAAGCAGAUGUGUGAAGGAACAGCACAUUCUGCCUCAAGUCGGGCGACUCUGUAUAAGGAACAUUUUUGUACACUGAGCAUUUGUGGGUGUAAGAAGAAGUAACAUUGUCCAAAUUAUUUCAAACGUAUUUAUGUAGCCUGCCUAACCACUACUAUUAAAGAUUACAUUAUUUAGAUUUUAUUUGUAUUAAUAAUGUAUCAGGAGUUGAUAUGUUUGUAUUGUAUUUUAUUUUUUUGCUUAUGUGAGAAUGUGUGGCUGUAUGUGUGUUUCUGUGUGUCAAUGAUCUAACUGUGGUGUGCUGUGUAUUUGCCCCUUUGCAUGACUACUGCAGCUAUAAGCCCCCGUAUGAGAACUGCAAGGAUGAUACUAUAUAGAACCUGUCUGAGCCUUUGUACUGUAAUCCACAGUAAAACACUAAAGGAGGAAAAGGAAUGCCACUUCUCUACUCUUAUGUCUUUUGUCUAUCAUCCUUAAAUAAUAAAUAAGAACUGAUAAUGAUUUCA